CAGGGAUUCGUAUUUUUUAAACCAGGGUCUGUACCUACAGUAAUGUUUUCCCUCUUUAGUGACGGGAGGUUGACUUCAUACAUUUUCCGACUUGGAACCAACCCCUACACUUUCCCGAACCUAUUGCGACCAAGCCUCCUUCGGAUAUUUCCAACACUCUUUCCUCCCAAACCACACCAAAAAAAACCAGGCUGAGAUUCAUACACUAUUCGAAAAAUUAAAGACGAUAGAAGAACAGACUAUUCCUAAAAACGAGGCUUCCACCUUUUCCCAACUACCUUACCUACCUAGCACACACUCGGUAUUGGUGGGGGCAUAGUCAACAGAACUCCCGUCUCUAGUUUUAGAGGCCCCCCCACUUUGUGCCUCGGCCGUCGAAGACAUCGGAGCUGGCUUGUCCCUCGAAUUUAUUUUCAGAGUGCUGAAUCUCUCGAGGCGACGCUGAGCCAGCAAGACAGAUUGCUCUGCUUGAUUUUGUACCUAGGCAACCUCAUCCCGCCAGACGUGCACAAGCCUACUAGGAUUCGAUCGUGUUGGCGGCCACCCCCCCAAACCAGUCCACUACUUUACCCAGACCAUACCAUGGCACCAUCAGUUAGCCCCAGCUCUCGGGAGCUGGGUCUCUCCAUCUUGGGUGUGGGAUCACAAUACCCUCCGUACGCCCUCAAGCCAGACGCCGUCGAGACGCUUGCGAAGCGCUUCUACCCAGAAUCCCCGGCUAUGACCAAGGUACUGGCCAUAAACAGGUAUACUGGAAUCGAAGCCCGCUCCUCUGUCGGCGACCCGGAGCACCCCAUCGUAAACGAAGCGGCAGCGCCGUCGAUAUCGGAGCUACACAAGGUUUUUAUGAGCGACGGCGUCCCGCUGGCAGUCAGCGCCGCGCGAAAGGCAUUUGAGGAUGCUGGUAUGACGGACCCCGCGGCAGCCGCGGCCAGCAUAACGCACGUCGUGUCGACCACGUGCACCGACAGCGCGAACCCUGGCUACGACCACUUUGUGGCGCGCGAGCUGGGCCUGUCGGAAUCGGUCGAGAAGGUGCUCCUGCAUGGCGUCGGGUGCAGCGGUGGGCUCGCGGCCCUGAGGACGGCGGCCAACCUGGCGCUCGGUCAUGCCAUGCGUGGCCUGCCCGCCAGGAUCCUGGUCAUGGCCCUCGAGGUCAGCACGACCUUUGUGCGCAGCGAACUCGACAGCAUAAACGCCGAACAGAACACGCGAAUCGGGGUCUGUCUCUUCUCCGACUGUGCGAGUGCGGUUGUUUUGAGCAAUGGGCUCGGCCAUGGUCCUGAUGCCAAGGAGCCGGCGUAUGAAUUACUAGGCUGGCAAAACAGAACGAUUCCAGAUACGGAAUAUGAUUUGGGUUUUGAUGUUGACCCUGUGGGAUGGAAAGUAGUAUUAACGCCACGCGUGCCACAACUCACCACCUCGGUGCUCGAGUCUUCUUUCGCCUCACUGAUGGCAUCUCUGCCACCACUGCCACCAACAUACGCCAAGGCUUCUGAUUUCGACUGGGCCAUGCACCCUGGCGGUGCAACGAUUCUGACCGGAGCCGAGAAGGCCAUGGGUAUCACCCCAGAGCACAUGCGGGCCAGCUACUCGACGUACAUGAACCAUGGAAACUCGAGCUCGGCGACCAUCUUUAGCGUACUGGACUGCCUGCGGCAAAAGGAGAUGGAUGCGCUGACCCCCGGCGGCAGGGAACCGGCAGAUUACGUCGUCGGCUGUGCCUUUGGGCCCGGCAUCACGGUGGAGACUUGCAUGCUUCGGAGGCGGCGGAAGGCGACGGGCAGCGGCAUGGCUGCGACGGGGUUGCAAACUCCGCCAGAAACGGAAAGCGAGGGGAGCAGGAGCGACGAUGAGGAUGGUGCAAAGGAGGGGAGCAGCAGUUCGAGGGAAGCGGCAGGUAGUGCGGCCGCGACAAGUGGGGAGUCGUUUGUCAACCAAGCCUUGUCAGAGCUCGAACUGGAUUGA